UUUUUUUUUUUUUAACCCUGCCGACCUCACAUAAGCGCUUGGAGUUUUACAGCUAGAUUUGUGUGUAUUAUGACGAAUCGUUUCUUGCUUUCACUUUCACUCUACCGUCACUUACGUUCGUGGUUGUUUAAUAACACAAGAAACUUAAGAUAAAGACAUGGCAGAGGCUAUACUCGGAGAUCAUAACCAGUACAGCUGCUCAAUAUGUUUGGAGUUGUUGAGGGAUCCCGUGACAAUUCCGUGCGGACACAGUUACUGCAAGAACUGUAUCAGUGAAUGCUGGAAUAAGAAUGUACAGAAAGGGGUCUAUAGAUGUCCACAAUGCAGACAGACGUUUAAUUCAAAGCCACCGCUCAACAAAAGUACAGUACUUGCUGAAAUCAUGGAGAAACUGCGGAGCACAGAGCUGCAAGUGUCAGAGUCAAAUCUUGCUGGACCUGGAGAGGUUGCGUGUGAUUUCUGUGCUGGAGAAAUGAUCAAAGCUGUCAAGUCUUGUCUGGAGUGUCGAGCCUCUUACUGUGAAACACAUGUACAACCGCACUAUAAUGUUGUUGCACUGAAGAAACACAAGCUGGUCAAAGCUGCAGUCAUCCCAGUGUGCCCCAAACAUGACAAGCUCCUUGAGGUUUACUGUAGAACCGACCAGAAAUGUGUCUGCAUGCACUGCUUACUGGAUGACCACAAGGGCCAUGACACAGUGCCAUCUACAACAGAGCGCAACGAGAAACAGAUAAAACUCACAGACACUCAGACAAAUGUCAAGCAGACAAUCCAGGCAAAAGAAAAAGAGCUGCAGAAGAUGAAACUGGACAUUGCGUCCAAUUCAGAUUCUGCAAAGAAGACGGUGGAGAACAGUAAGAAAGUCUUAAGUGACUUCAUCAAAUUUAUUGAGAAAAGAAGCGAUGAGGUGAUUGAAAAGAUUAAAGCUCAAGAAAAGGCUGAUCUGGAUCAAGGCAAAAUGCUACAAAAGAAGCUGGAGGAGGAAAUUACUGAGCUGAAGAAGAGGGAAGGAGUUCUAGAGGAUCUUAUACAGACAGAUGACAACAUUCAAUUUCUUCAGAGUUAUGAGUCUGUGUCAUCUUCCUCUGGGUCUGAUGGCUUCCCCAGUCGCUGUUUUAAGCCUUGCUGCUCUUAUCCCGAUGUAAACAAACUUGUUUGUGAACUUAAAGAGCAGCUAGAGACUAUAUUCAGCCAGGAAAUAAAUAAAACUGUUCAAAAAGUUUCAGAUCUGGCUGUAAAAAACAAUCCAGUCGGCAUUAAGUUUGGAGACAGAGUCAGGGUGAAACCUUCUGUUAAAACCCCAAAAUAUAACUGGGGUGGAGGUAUCACCCAUAAGAGUGUGGGAGUGGUAAAAGAUAUUAAAAGUGAUGAGAUUUUGGUCAUUGACUUUCCUGGAUUCGCAGGCUGGAAAGGACUUCUUUCUGAAAUGGAGCUGGUAACAGAUGAUGGAUCUUCAGCUCUCAGCUGUAAUAUUAAAAUAGGAGACAAGGUCUGUGUGAAGCCGUCUGUAGAAACGCCAAAGUAUCUAUGGGGUUCAGUCAGCCACAAAAGCAUUGGCAGUGUUAUAAGUGUGCAGGGUGAGACCGUGACAGUAGAUUUCCCCGAGCAGGAAGGUUGGAUUGGUGAAGUUUCUGAAAUGGAGCUUGUAGUCAGUGCUGAUUUAGGGUCCCCCAGUCAUGCCUGCUUCAAAAUAGGAAACAGAGUCAGUGUGAAAUCUUCAGUGAAAGAUCCAAGACAUGGAUGGGGAUCAGUCGCUCACAGCAGCAUCGGUGUCAUUAAAAGAAUCCAGGGUGAGUCUUUGACAGUUGAUUUUCCUGAACAGACAGAUUGGACUGGUGUCGCUUCAGAAAUGGAACUCAUAAACAGUAAUGUUUCAGAAGUGCUGAGUUUAAGACCUGGAGUGAGGGUCCAUAUUAAACCCACCAUCAACACUCCAACACAUGGCUGGGGAAAUAUCACCAAGCACAGCACUGGAGUGGUCGUAGCUAUAGAUGGAACCAAAGUGACUGUAAACUUCCCUGAGCAGUCUGAUUGGACUGGCAUUGUCUCUGAGAUGGAAGCUGUAACUUAAUGAUGAUGCACAGCAUCCAGAGGCUGUUCACUACAUUUACAGUGUGCAAGAGUUUAAAAUAUAUAGAUUUUUGGGAAUAAUGAGUCUGCUGUUAUGGCUGUAAUGUCCUGACCCUUAACAUAAUCAUAGUUAUUUCAUAAAGAUGAAAGGCAUAUUGCCGUUAGCAUAAUAUAAAUGAAUGUGUUAACAAUAUACACUAAUAUGUGCUAAUAUUAGCGUUUAGAUUCUUUUUGUUUUGAGUAGCUGCUCACAGGUAGGGCUUGGUUUCUUGUGUUGAUUUAAAAUUCUUGAUUCUUUUAUGACUUUUAAUUAUUAUAUGUAUGUCAGUCUAUGUCAACUCCAGUCAUCAAACUCCCAGAAUGUUUAAGAUGAUUCAUCUGAUUCAGCUUGUUGACAUAGACACAUCUAAGGUAGUAAAAAAAAAAAACAUUCCAGUAACUGAUCUGGAAUUAUUUGUGAACACACAAAAAACAAAUGCAAAUUGUCUGAUUUUUUUAUUUAUUUAUUAA